AUGCGGGCUCGAAGGUCAUCUCCGGCGCGGUCGGAGACCGAGGUAGAUAUUGGGCAGUCUCUGUUCACGAAGAACGGGCGAGGAGCGUCAGCGAGUGACAGUGAGGGCGAGGAUGAAGUCACCAACAGCGCCGCUACGCCAAACGAUGGCUUGGACUUCAUGGCCACCGAUACCGAUGUCGAUGAUGACGAGGAUGUAAUAGCAAAACAGCUGGCGGCGUCACAGCGGAAGGCGACAAACCUAAAGGGCAAGUCGGUGAAGAAAGGCGGAGGCUUCCAAGCGAUGGGCUUAAAUGCCAACCUGCUCAAAGCCAUUACGAGGAAAGGCUUCUCGGUCCCGACUCCGAUUCAACGCAAGACAAUACCGCUGCUGCUAAACGAUAAGGACGUUGUCGGAAUGGCGAGGACUGGCUCAGGCAAAACAGCAGCGUUCGUCAUACCUAUGAUUGAGAAACUGAAAGCACACAGUCCCAAAGUGGGCGCCCGAGCGCUAAUCAUGUCUCCGUCCCGAGAAUUGGCGUUGCAGACGUUGUCAGUUGUCAAAGAGCUAGGCAAAGGCACAGAUCUGCGUUCUGUGCUGCUCGUGGGCGGCGACAGUCUGGAAGAGCAGUUCUCAGCCAUGGCCUCAAAUCCAGACAUUGUCAUUGCUACUCCUGGCCGAUUCCUGCAUCUGAAAGUCGAAAUGAAUCUCGAUCUGCAAAGCAUACGCUAUGUUGUCUUCGACGAGGCUGACCGACUGUUCGAGAUGGGGUUUGCCGCUCAGCUGACCGAGAUUCUGUACGCUUUGCCAUCGUCACGUCAGACACUGCUGUUUUCUGCUACAUUACCCAAGUCUCUGGUCGAGUUCGCCCGUGCCGGCCUGCAAGAGCCAAGUCUCAUCCGCCUCGACGCAGACAGCAAGGUCUCGCCGGAUCUGCAAAGUGCCUUCUUCACUGUCAAGUCUUCUGAGAAGGAAGGUGCUCUGUUGCACCUGCUGCAAGACGUCAUUGGUGUUCCUACAGGCUCACAAUUGCUCUCGACAGAUGGCGAGCAGAAAGGGUCCAAGAAGAGGAAGAGAUCCGAGAACGAAAGCAGUUCGAAAGGUGUAUCCAACCAGCACUCGACCAUCGUCUUUGCAGCGACAAAACAUCAUGUCGAAUACCUCGCCAACCUGCUGAAGGCAGCCGGCUAUGCCGUAUCGUACGUCUACGGCUCACUCGAUCAAACAGCACGCAAAGAACAAGUCCAGGCCUUCCGAUCACACCAGUCGAACAUCCUGGUAGUCACAGAUGUGGCCGCCCGAGGCAUUGAUAUCCCUAUCCUGGCGAAUGUCAUCAACUACGACUUCCCAUCACAGCCCAAAAUCUACGUCCAUCGUGUAGGCCGCACAGCGCGAGCAGGCCAGAAAGGCUGGAGCUACAGCUUCGUGCGAGAUGCUGACGCUCCAUACCUGCUAGAUCUCCAACUCUUCCUCGGGCGCAAGCUCAUCGUCGGCCGGUCUGCAGGUUCGAAUUUCGACCUCGCGACCGACGUCGUGGUCGGCUCACAGCGACGCGAUGCCAUGCAAGCCCAGACUGAAUGGGCAAGUAAUACACUAGCAUCGGACGUAGAUCUAGCCGCACUGCGGACAGUGGCCUCCAAAGGCGAGAAGCUCUACCAGCGCACUCGCAACUCAGCAUCGUCCGAAAGCGCCAAGCGAGCAAAGCAGCUAGUCGGCAGCGACUCAUGGACCGAAUUGCAUCCCAUGUUUGACAAUGACAACGACGGUCUCGAGGCAGCCCGACAAGCCAUGCUGGCUCGCGUUGGAGGCUUCAGGCCCCAAGAGUCCAUCUUCGAGAUCGGUGCUCGACGUGGUGGGCGCAAGAAUAAUGAGGAAGCAGUCGAUGCGAUUCGCACUAUUCGGCACACGCUGAAAGUGAAGAAGCGGAAGUCCCAGGCAGCGAAAGAAUUCGAAUCGCAAACUGCUACUAACGAAAACACCCACGACGAUCCAUCCGAGGGUGACGCGGAGCUCGACCUAACAGGACCAGACAUUCUGUCAGAAGCAUCCGAUUCCGAGCUAGAAGUGACCUUCUCAACUGGCAACAAAAAGUCCAACCCAGAUACUCACUCGAACAAUACCUUCAAAAGCAGCGAGUACUUCAUGUCCUACGCCCCCGAAGGCAACGAUCUGGACGAAGAACGUGCCUACGGCGUCCACUCCGGCUCCAACACCAACUUCGUCGAAGCCGCCCGCGGAGCCACGAUGGAUCUCGCCGGCGAUGAAGGAGCCAAAAACUUUGGCGAGGCCCGCAGCGUCAUGCGCUGGGACAAGCGGCACAAGAAGUACGUCUCGCGAAACAACGACGAGGAUGGAUCAAAGGGCAGCAAGUUAGUCCGUGGGGAGUCCGGUGCGAAGAUCGCGGCGAGCUUCCGUAGUGGAAGGUUUGAUGCCUGGAAGAAGGCGAAUAAGAUCGGGAGGGCGUUGAGGGUCGGUGAGAAGGAGAGGGAAGGGGUUGGGUCCGUGCAGAGUGGUUCGAGGAUGGGCAACAAGCGGUUCAAGCACUCGAAACUGGAUGCGCCCAAAGCGGCGGAUAAGUUUCGAGAUGAUUAUGAGACGCGCAAGAAGAAGGUUGCUGCUGCGAAGGAGCGGGAGCAGGCAAAUACGGGCAACAAGCGGGAGCUGCAUUCUGUUGACGACAUCCGUAAGGCGAGGAACCUGAAGCAGAAGAGGCAGGAGAAGAAUGCGAGGCCGCAGCGGAAGGGGAAGCGAUAA